AUGGACCCGUUGUCUAUCACGACUGGAGUCCUCACUCUCGUGACACGCAGCAUAGGCGCCGUCCAAACUUGCCAAACAUACGCCACCAAAUACAAGCUUGCCGACCUCUCAAUCGCCGCUGUUCGGACAGAGUGUGCGAGCAUCAAAGUAGCACUUCUCCAGAUCCAGAAAUUGAUCAGUGCGCACAAUGGAAAAGCUUCUGGCCAGCAAUUCGAGCAAUUUGUGCUCGAGGAAUACGAGGCCGUGCUCUCAGCCUGCUCAUUGACAUUUGCAUUGCUCAACGAAAGAUUGGAUGGCCUUGGACUCAACGGUCAGAAUGAGCGACAUGGGAGUGAUGCCAUCUCAAAAAUAAAUUCCGUCUGGAAAGAGACGACAAUGGAGUCGAUACGACAGAAUAUCCGGGGCCAGGCUAUUGCGAUCACCUUGUUACUCACAGCUUUUCAAUCCGAGACGACAGCUAAAACAUAUGAAAUCAUGAAGAGUCAAGAGGUCAAACGAUCUUUGAUGAGCGUAUCAAAUGAUGUCAAGUCUCUGAGAGAUUCGGUCUCAAUGGUACCAGCCAAGGAAACAGAUCUCGAGACUACGGGAUCGGUGAUUGGAGAUGAAGAGUUCGGCUUCGAUGAUCUGGUCAUCAACUCAGCGGCGUAUCGAAGAGUGUUCAUGAAGCAGCAGAGUAAACUGCAAUUGCAGAGCAUUCAUGAAGGGAGUUCAGGGCCUUCUAUUGGACCUGAAACACUAAACACACAGUCUGACAGUGCAUAUGUACAUGGUGGUACCAUAACUACCGAGGGAGAAAGUCAAAAUCAUGCAUUCGAGAAACAAAAGAAAAAGAAGCCAGGCAUACAAGAUCUUGCGUCGCGACUAUUCAAACGCAAACCUGAACUCUGGGAAACCGACGUUCGAUCAGUAAUUAAUGCCAUCCCAGAAGUUCUUGAAACACCUGGAUCGGAAGAGAGGAUUGACAGGUUACGAAACUAUCCCGGCCGUCAACGCGAAAGAGCCAUACAAAAACGAGAUUCGGAAGGCAAUGCAGGUGCAUCGUUUGUAAAUGCUUCAAACCUCCUUUCAUCAAACCCAAUGCCCCAUGUACGGGCUAUGGCUCCACCAUCAUCCAAACCCUCCCCAGCAACACAGGGUGCUCCAAAGAAUUCUCAAGACCUAUUGAACCGCGCCCUCCCGGAACGUGACUGGAAAGCAGUAUUCAGGUCAUUUUCCGACAUGCAAAGACACGCGGAUACACUCAGACGACCAUACCGAUGCGAUACCUCAGGUUGUCAGGGUGCCUUCCAAAAUCAGAACGAUCUUAGUACACACAUGUUGCUCGUGCAUCACCGAAAGCUGUCUACCACUGCGAUCCCGGCUCCACCAAACUCCCGCACUCCACACGCUUUACCAGACGAUCGGACCCGAGAGAAAAAAGUCGAAGUACAGGGUUCGAGUACUGGAGACGCAGAAGAUCCUCUGGCUAGCACCGUGGCACGAUAUAGGCCUCAGGAGGCCAGUCAAAGACGACCAUAUGCAUUGUCAUUUCCAUCCGCUGACGAAGUUCCACCAAUGCGAUUCGAUAAUCUUCAAGAAGCUGAACCGAGACAAGAAGCUAAACGGAGAUUGGCCGAAGAGAGACUCUCCAAGAAGAUUGAUGAGGAGGUAACUAAUCGGAAGUCUGGUGAUAAGCCGGACACGUGGGCUCUUGUAGACGAAAUCAAUAUGAUCGACUUAUGGGAUGCCACCAAACCUCAGCUGGUAGCGUCAGGAUCUUCCCAACCAUUCCAUUUCAUCGACCUCUCGAGAACAUCCUGGCAAGGAAAGAUGAUCCCAAGAGGUCUUGUUCCAGCAGCGAAUCCCAACGCUCGCCUCAUUCAAGCUUUCAGAGACUACUACUCUGGGGAUAGGAUCAGAGCAAAUCCGAGUAACUACAUGACCGAUUCGAGUAGCUACGUAGCUGUUCUGUGGCCCCGGAAGGAAGAUCCGUCCAACUACGAUAGGAAUACUAUUGUACCUGGAGAGAUGUUUCGAAUCCUUAAUCUAUUCAGUAACGGCUGGGCAUUGGGUCGCAUUCUUGACAAGCAAGCCAAUAGCUGGGAUCCGAAGCAAGAACCGAGAGAAACGCCAGCAUCCAAGUUUUUCCCUUUAUGUUGCGUUUGCUUGGUAGACCAUUGGUCUAUCCUGGGAGCAUUAACUUACAAGGAGUUGAAGGAUAAGCUAUUGACAGAUUUGAAACGGCGCGAGGAGACAUUUAAUCACGAUGUCGUUGUCGAACUUGGAAAGGAAUGA